GGACACACAUGCCCCCAGAUAUGUACACAAUGGAAGGGGCUUUUGAAAAGCCAUGGUCACGCGGGGUGUCCUUUGUGAGCUAUCAGGGUCGAAGGCAGCUGAUUGGUGGAGAGAGAGCAUAAACCGUCUGAAUUGCCAUGGCAAUGCUCAAACAGGUGAAGACUUGGAUGAAGAGAGAUCUUCGUCUGCUCCACCUGCUACUGACAGUCUACUUAACUGGCUACUUGUGGCCUACUCAUCUAGUGAUUUACUGACCUGCUGAGCUACUAACUUGUCUGAACCCUCCUCCCUCCCUUCUUGUACUUGAUCUGAUCCGGGUACUCUCCCUGACCCCCUUCUUCUCCUGCCACACCCCCCUCCCCAAUCCCAUCCCUAUUUAAACCCCGCCCCCCCACCUCACCCCCUUUCCCACCCCGUCCCUUCCCCUCCCACCCCCACCACCUCCUCACCCCCAUCUGCACCUCCUCUCUGGUGCCCAGGCGCCCCCUGAAAGGACCAGAAUAUGACGGUUCGGAAGCUAUUUUUCUGUAUGCUCUUACUCGGGUAUCCCGGUUACCCCAACACAAAUCUUGUCCAUCUUUUGGCUGACCAUUUCCCUCUUGGCUCUCGUGUCUUCGGAACUCUGUGGAAGCUUGCCGUUAUUACUGCCACCGUUGCAAUUUGUGCAUGUCUUAUUUACCUCUGGAGAGUUGUCCUUGCUACAGAGCCUCCAGUAUAUCCAGUUAAUUUACAGCAAAAAACUGCAAAGAUCAACACGUUGGAGAAAGAAAACACAGAGCUGGCUGAAGCAAUAGCCACGUGGGAACAGAAGAUACAUCUUCAAGAAGCUAAGAGAGAAAGUAACAUUCUCUCUGCUGAAGCUCUGAAGUUGAAAUCAGAAGAUGCAAACGGUCAAUUGGAGGAACUGAGAGCCUGGAGGUCCAAUAAACGUGCACUGGAAGCAAGGAUAAAGGCCGUGGAAGACCUUCGUAAUGCUGUGAGUUCUAUUAAAGCAAUCAAGGAAGAAACAGCCAAAAGGCUGAAGGAGAGCAGAGACGUCCUUGAUGAAUCCUAUGAAGAAAGAAAAAUGGCUACAGCAAAGAAUCUGGAUAUGACAAACUGUGAACUAGUGGCAAUGAAGAAUCAGAUGGCAACUGCAGAGGAAAAUCUGAAAAUAGCUACAAGGGACAUACGCAAGUGCAAACAGCAAAUUGAACAAACACGAGAACAGCUGCAGAAGGCAGAACUCACCUUCACACACCAGGUAACGUGAGUUCUGCCUGACAUAGUGAACCCUUAGUACCUCAUGUGGUUGAGUGUAGUGGCCCUUGGAAUUCCUAAACACA